AUGAAUUGGACCGAAGGCAACUUGGCCCGCCAUUCUCGUGGCAGACAGCGCGACGAAUUACUCACUCGGCAGAAACAGCAUUUCGCAAAGGCUCGCAACAACCUGUCCAAUGCACAUGUCAAGCAGACUCCUGUCGCGAUAUCAUUCUUAGGGCCCGAGUACGCGCGUAACUUGGACCGUCGGGGCGAUUCAACCAGGAGUCGCCACACUCGUUCCCCCAGUCCCGUAGCGCUGCCCAAGAGCAAGUGGACGACGGAGUCACAGAGCCGCAGUAAUGCCUCCUCUUCUGCCAAUCGCGAGAAGAGAAGGCGGCUACUGGAUAAGUCGGAUUGGGCAGGACUGAGCUUGCAACAACCAAUCGACAUAGCCUUCCCUGGCCAACUCCAUGCUGCCGGUGGUUCUAGAUGGAGCAAAAUCAGUCACCAGCAGGAACGCCGUGGGGGGAGACUUCGAGAGUUGCUUGAGGCUCGUCGAGCAGAAACCUCUGAGCAUUUUCAUAAACCUCCUAUGAGAAUCCAGAUCGGGAGCCAGGAGAUCCAGCCGAGCACUGUCACCGGAUCUCAGACGAGCCGCAGACAAUACAGUCUAGCACCACGACCAUUGACUAAGUCUAUUUGGAGAAUAUCACCCCGAUUGUCGAGUCCAUUCUCGUCCCAGGCUCAGCAUCCAGCAGAAGCAACCGACAGCGGCCCCCGGCCACAUGCAUCGCAGAAUAACGAACGUUCCCAUGAGAGUGGGAGUCUGCAGAGCGACUUCACCGCGCUGCAUGUCACUACGACAAAACCUGAGACGCCAGCUCAUGUCAUUCACUCCUCUUCGAUGAUUCAUGAGCCAGUACCUCGCCGAGCCGAUGACUUUGUGGUGCUUCAGUGGUCACCUUCGCGCUCAGAUGACCGAAGCAGCAUGCAGGUGGAAGUCGAACAACCGGCAAGACCGGUGCCUCCGUCUCGAGAGGCACAGCACCAGCUCUGGAGAGAUUGGAUCAUGGAUUCGCCAGACACUGCUCCGAACAAUCAGUCGCAUAGCCCCCUAGCGACGGAUAGUUCAUCAGUUAUUCCCACGGUUUCAAGCAUCUCAAAGUUACCCUCUCACUUGCAGAGGAAGUUACCUAGCCUGGAGAUCUCAAGCGAGGCAGACCGUUCCCCUGAGCGCAGCUCCCUUAAACAGUAUGGCAGUCCAGUCUUACCAGAAUAUCCCGGUCAAAGGCUACCGGAGCCCCGGCGAGAGGAAACCAAUUUUUCAAUAGAGGUCCAGCCUGCAGAAGAUAUCCAGCGAGCAGUCGACGCCCAGCUUGCAUCCGAGGCCAAUGCUGCAAACGAUGUCGAACCUGCAGAAGAGGUCAAGCCACCGGAAGAUGCCCAGCGUACAGAGAGGGCUAAACCUACAGAAGAUCCCAACAGCUUAUGGAUGCGGUUAGCCCUAGGCGACGAUACUGAUGAGGUGCUAGAGGACUGUUUCAAGGAGGCUGCGCAUCAGGCCGCGUUGGAACUUCGACCAUCCGAGACUACCGGCACCUCUGAUAGCCUGGGCGAUGCAACAGAGACUGCGGCUACGUGCGGGACAGAGCAUUCGACUUGUGACGAGCAGCAACAAGAUGAGAGCGUGCCUUCUGACUUCUUGAGUCAAAGUCAUGCAGCCACGAAAGCAACGUCAAUAUCGGACUCAAUGUCAAGCAACAUCGCAGUGGCGGGUUCUUCAGAUGAGCCAAUGCGUAGCGCUCCUCUCUUCGUAUUGCCAAAGACCUUCGUCGGAAAGCUCGCCGAAUCGGGCGCACGUGUCAGAGUUCACUCCCCGCCUGUUGCAAAGGGGCCCAAAGGAAGAGGGAAGGGCAAAGGGAGGAGAAAAAGCAAGAACAAAGCUCUGGAUGGCAGAACGGACAUUCGAAGCCUGCCUGACUUUGAUGGAGAUCCAAUCGAAGAAUUUGAAGAUUGA